CAAUUAGCAAAAACACAAAGCUGAAAACAGGCCGAGGGAUCCCUGUCUUCCAUUUCUCCCUUAUUUUUACGUCACUUACCUUCAUUUUCUCUAAUUCAAACGCACAAUGUCGAUUGCCAGACAAAAUUUCCAUGAAGCCACUGAGGCUGAGAUGAAUAAAAUGAUAAACAUGGAACUGACUGCAGGUUAUUUGUAUAUGUGCAUGGGCUUCCAUUUUGACAGGGAUGAUGUUGCCUUGCCAAAUUUAUCCAAAUAUUUUAGGAAAUGCUCUGAUGCAAAGAAGAACCAAGCUUCCCAGCUUAUGACAUACCAAAACAAGCGAGGUGGACGCCUUGUACUCCAUGACAUUAAAGCCCCAGGACAGGGAGCGUGGUCGUCCCAUACCAGCGCCCUUGAAGACGCUUUGGCCUUCGAGAAGAAAAUGAACGAAGCUCUACAGAACAUUGUCGUCAUUGCCUCCAGCCACCAUGACAGUGAUACAGAGGACUUUUUAGAAGAUGAAUUCCUUGGUAAGUCCGUAGAGACCAUGAAAGCCAUAGCGGACCUCAUCACCAACUCCAACAGAUGUGCGGACGGACUCGGGACGUUUGUCUUCGAUAAUGAACUGUCAGAUUAGUAUUGCUUGAUUCUUCAAUAUGAUGCAUAUGAAACAAAUCCAUCCACCUGUAACGUUAUUGUGAUUGUCUGUUCCAAAAUCUAUAGAUCCGAAAUAUCAAAGCAUUUGAGGAGAAUGCAUGUUUGUUGAACCAUUUUGCUGCAGGUGACGUCCAUAGCAUGUCAGGUCUCCUAUCUUUCUUGUGCAGGUGACGCGCUGCUUCUGCAGCAAACAGGUAAACACCUCAACUGUAUACAGUGGAACCUCCCUUAGCGGACACCACUCUAUUAAGAACUACCUCUCAAUUAAGGACACUAGUUUUAGUCCCAAAUUGGUACUUACCAUUCAAUUUGACCUCUCUAAUCAGGACAUCUCUCUAUUAAGGACAGCAUUUGCAAGUCCCGAGGGUGUCCUUAAUAGAGAGGUUCUACUGUAAUUGGCUAUAUUCACAAAGACAAGGCAGCUACAGGGAUCUACUCAUGUUUUAAAUCAGCAUUUUCAAAAGGUACAUGGGUCAGGAGUGCCUCUUAGUUUAUUUUGUAUACGAGGUAGGAGUAUAAAAAACCUGUAUCUCAGGAUGGCUAAUUUCAAGCACAGCUGUUAGAAUGUUCUUGCAUUUAUCCAAAACUAUUUUGGGUUUUAUAUGUGCAGCAGUCGGCAUCAAAUGUAAGCAUAAUGCUCUCUUUAUUGCCUAAGUACAAUUUAUACAUAUAUGUAUACAGCUUUUCACUACCAAAGAUGCUUCAUUUAUUACCCUAGUACCCUCGCGACAGUUAGCGCCAUGUAAGGGCAACCGAAGUUGCGCCAGUAGGCCAUUACCGAUAUGUCCAGUUUAAGUCAUUCAAUAGCAUCUUCAGCAUCCCCCCCCCCCCCCCCCCCCCCCCCGCUAUAUUGAAGUAGACUUUUUAUGAGUUUUCCACUGUAACACAAACAAUUUUCGAAAAUUUAGGCUAUCCUCUCCACCACCACCACCUCAUCUGACCUGCGGGAUCUGGGCCUAACUGGUUCUGCCAAUUGACAAUCAGUCCUGUUGUGUGGAUUCGAUCCCCCGCCUGGACACAUUCUGUCACCAGUGCUGCUCAACUGGUUGAUAAAAACUGAGUGCUGUAUUGUCUAUGGUGCAAGCAUUGAAAAUAAUUUCCUUGGUGUGAGUUGAUUAUAAAGCCAAUUUAGAAAAAAAGGUGCAAGACAUUAGUUACCAUGUGUGUUAUAAUCUGAUAUGUUGUAAUGUCAUUUCUCUUGGGGGACUUUUUCCAAACUCUACUACGCACUUUGUAUUCCAUUCCUAAAAGAUGUGUAUAUUUUUGUGAGACCGUAUCAUUAUCAGUUCUUAAUAAAAGCUGGAUUUAUCAUGAAA